CGGCGGCGCUAUGGGGGCGGGGCGAGCUGUGGGCACCGGCACCGAUGCACGGCGCGGACGAGGAGGAGGAGGCGGCAGCGGCGGCGAGGGGGCCGCGAAUGAGCGCGGCGAGCACGCAGACCGACAGCAUGGCUGGCCAAAUACCCAGGCUUUCUAAGGUCAAUCUUUUUACUUUGUUCAGUCUCUGGAUGGAGCUCUUUCCUUCUGCCGAACAACAGAAGAAAUCACAGGUAAAGAAGAGCGGCCUGGUUGUGGUGAAAAACAUGACCAUUAUUGGUCUUCAUUGUUCCAGUGCAGACCUGCAUGCCGGUCAGAUCGCGCUCAUUAAACAUGGAUCGAGACUUAAAAACUGUGAUCUUUACUUUUCCAGAAAACCGUGUUCAACUUGCUUAAAAAUGAUUGUAAAUGCUGGAGUGAACAGGAUUUCUUACUGGCCUGCAGAUCCUGAAAUCAGUUUGCAGAAUGAGGCAUCCAAUCCUGUGAUGACCAGUGAUGCAAAGCUCGAUGCCAAAGCAGUAGAAAGGCUGAAGUCAAACAGCCGUGCUCGGGUGUGUGUGUUGCUUCAGCCCUUGGUGUGCUACAUGGUGCAGUUUAUUGAAGAAACUUCCACCAAGCUUGAUUUUAUUAAAAAAAUAGCCAAAUCACAGCCUGACUUUAAUACUGACUUUUAUACUGCAUGUAGACAAGAAAGAAUUAAAGAAUAUGAAAGUUUAUUCCUGAUUUCAAAUGAGGAAACGCACAAGCAAAUAUUGAUGACCAUAGGACUGGAGAACCUCUGUGAAAAUCCAUACUUCAGCAAUCUUAGACAAAAUAUGAAAGAUCUGGUCUUGGUCUUGGCCACGGUGGCUGCCAGCGUCCCUGUCUUUGGUUGCUUUGGGUUUUACAGCAGUGAACCACAGCCAGCAAAUGAUACAUGCCAUCAGGGUUUGCCCCAAGAGAUUGCAAGGCACUGUAUGGUACAAGCCAGGCUGCUCGCCUACCGGACAGAGGAUCAUAAAACAGGAGUCGGAGCUAUUAUUUGGGCAGAAGAAAAAGCAAGAAGCUGUGAUGGAACAGGAGCAAUGUAUUUCGUAGGCUGCGGUUACAAUGCCUUUCCUGUUGGAUCUGAAUAUGCUGAUUUUCCACACAUGGAUGACAAACAAAAAGAUCGGGAAAUCAGGAAGUUCAGAUACAUCAUACAUGCUGAGCAGAAUGCCUUGACAUUCAGGUGUCGAGAAAUAAAGCCAGACGAGAGAAGCAUGAUAUUUGUGACAAAAUGUCCUUGUGAUGAAUGUGUCCCUUUAAUCAAAGGGGCUGGUAUCAAGCAAAUCUAUGCAGGAGAUGUCGAUGCGGGAAAAAAGAAAGCAGAUAUUUCCUAUAUGAAGUUUGGUGAACUGGAGGGUGUAAGCAAAUUUACUUGGCAGUUAAAUCCAUGCCACCCUAAUGCCGUUGAGUUCCAUGAUCCCACAAUGAGGGAAAAUGGAGUUCAGAAGACAAAAUCGGUAGAUGAUCAGCAGCACCAGAACAAGAAACUGUGUCUUGGUCACUACUGAAUAAUCACUUCAGCACUCCUGCAUUCUUGCUCUGUGCUUUUUAUAACGCAGCCUGUUUGCACUUUCAAAUAACGAAGGAUUUUAUUUAUUGUUUGGAAAGUGAUUUUUAGAAUAACUUUAUUUAUGAUGCCUUGAAUGUUUUACAGAAUUACUUGAAGGUCUUUUUAAUUUAGAAGUUCCUAGGGAAAAAAUGCUGCUUGUAUUUUCUAUGAAAGUAAUUGGGUGGCAAAUAAUUGUAAAUGCAUAAGAACAAAUGCAGAAAUUUGUUGCUGGUAGAUCAGAGGAAUAAUAAAAUGUUAUUUCUUUGCUCGGUGUAGAGAUUGAGGGAAUGAAUUUCUAAGUUCUGGGUUAGCAGAAUGCAGAAGUAAGCUGUGGUUCAAGUAGAGUACUCAAAGGAAUCUCCAAGAAAAUGGUAGAUAAGUAACUGGCCCAGUUCCUCAAAGUGGCUUUUGCUUCUCAGUCUGUUUGUAUAAUGGAGCCACUGCCACUGGGACAUAAUGGUUGUUAGAAAAGGGAUUUGGAGAUUGUUUGUCUCUCAUACAUAAUUUCUUCCAACUACCAUGGCAGCACAGCUGUUUUCUUCUGUGGUACUUGCACUGCUGGGGUGUGUUCUUUGUGCUGCCUCAAGCACAUCCCAUCUGCAUUAACCUACACCUUUGCUUCCAUCCUUAAAACCCUGGAAGAAGAACUGUGUCCUAAGAUUCUGCUUAGUUUCAAUUUGUUCUUUGCAGGCUUUGGAUAGCAAAGCUGUGAUGGGGCAGCAUGCACAGCAGUGUUAACACAGCAUUAGCUGCAGGGAGACUGUUCUCACGCAGUCUGAUCCUGCAGUUUAAGGUAGGUUCUUGAACUGCAGCAAGGAGCUGACAUUCCUUACGGCUCAUCAGAUAGCUUCAUAUCAGAACUGGGAUGCUUGUAUCCUCUUACCACCAUGAGAAUUUGCUCUUACUUAAGCUGGAGGAAGGCUUUCUCUCAGUUUAGUGAAACUGAACACAGCCUCUGGCGACGUGAGAGGUGUGUGCAGUCAGCAGCAGAAAUCUUGCCAGGCAAGUGGCUGAUCCACCACCACUGCUGUCCUUUCCCAGGGCCAGGAUGAAAACAUGACCCUGUUUGUCAACCAAGGGAAGGAUGGUGAAAUCCACUUUUUGCAUCACACCUCAAAAAUUUGCACAGUAGCUCAUGAGGAAGUGUCUGAUCUGCCGCUUCUUUGAACUGCCACCAGCUCGUGUGGUCCAGAGCACAGGGCCUGAGAUCCUGGACCAGCAGGUCCAGCUGCAGGAGAUCUGUGCCUCUGUCAGACAGAGUCCAGCUUGGGCCUGGGGAGGAUGUUCCUGUUCUGGAUGUCAUGCAACCCUCCCAAACUGAUUUUCUUCCUCUCGUCAAGUUUCAUGGCUUGUAACUCGAGUUUAAAAUUGGAUAUUGGUGCUUCGUAAGCAAGACUGUCAUUAUAAUCUGUUCUAAAUCAAAUAUUUUACUUUGUCAUACUGUUUUCCUUCCAUUUCUUCCUGUGUAAGAGUGAUUACUCUUGGCUUUCUCUACAGAUUAGAAGAACCCUGUCUAGAUUUAAGCACCCCCGUACCCUGACACCUUCACGUUUCCAUCAUCCAUCGGCAGUGCUCUCCUGCUUGAGGUAGCAGCAGGGAAAAAAUAAGUGCAGGUUUAAGGCCUGUUGAGGUUUUAUCCUCAUCGGUCAGCUGGUAUCAAAGCAGGAUAAGUCUGUGUCUUUAUGGGAACGGCUGAGAUGGAAAAGUCCCUGAAAGGUGGUGGGUGGCCUGGGUACAGGGAGAGGCAAAUCAUGAUGUACGCAUCAAAAAUGGCACAUGUUAAAUAACUGCACUGCAGUGGAUGCUGCUGUAACCUUCAUGAGUGACGAUUUUACCUUCAGUUUUUAUUGGUUUUUUAAAAGGGAUUUUUGUACGAAACUUCCUGUGAAACUUGGAAUUGCUUUUGAGGCUGAAAGCUUGCAAGUCUGACCUGCUGUCACGCCGUCUUUGGACGCAUUCAGAGCAGAUUUGAGCAGAGGUUCACAAAUGUCCGUAGGCUCUGAUGAUCUGUGUAACUCUGCUGUGUUUCCUGCUGGGAUUGCAGAUUAGGAAGAACGUGAGCAGGGGUUUCUCUUGACCCACAGACUGCAGGCACUGCUGCGCAUCUCGUCUGCUCACCCAGGGGAGGCAUGCGAGGUCGGGCAUCUCCUGCUGCGCUUCUGCAAAGGAACUGUAGGGUGUGUGUUUCUUACAUCAAAAGAACGAUGUAUUUAAAGUUAAGAAAUGUGAAACUAUAUAUUUUAUAUAUACGUAUGAAAUUUCUGUACGCAUUUUGGUUCAUCUCAGAGCAGUCUUUUCAAUUGCAGGUAUGAGCUGCUGCUAACAGUUUGGCCUCUUGAGCAAGAAUUACAGAAAUUCUCUGCUAAUUGUUUGCCUUACAGCAAAAGAUGUUUUCUGCUAAUAAAUGAUUCUGGCAGUAAGUACUGAAGUGUAUUGCUGAGCUGCAGAUAGAACGUUGGGCUUUCAUUGCCUGGAUCCGGUAAGCGACAUCGCCUGCAGACUGGCAAGGCAAAGCAGGCAGAUGGUUUCAGUCUAUUUCUAACAGAUGCAGGUGGUCUUGUCACUAAUGAAGGUGUCACAGUGCCACAUAUGUGGGGCUGACUGUUCUGCACAGCAAGGGAACUGCAGAGAGGUGUUGUCAAACACUGCAUUCAUCGUCCUUGGGCUCCUUCUGCUUCCCAGGCUGCGCAGUGCCAGUUCUGCAGCCCACAUACGUGGCGCACCUGGGCACAGCAUUUUCAGAGCCGGGGCAGAAUUCGCUGCAGUUCUGCUCUCUUACAGAAGGUGGUAGCACACAGCAGCUUCCCUUGGAAGUGCCACUCCGCUGGCAGCUCCCACCCGCUCUCCUGUUGCAGCAGUCGCACAGCUGACAGCUUGAAGUCAGGGAUGCUCCCUCCUGACUCCUGGCGCGGCUGCGGGGUGGGCAGUGGAGCGGAAAGGCUGCAGCCCUCGCUUCCUCCCGCUCCUCUCCCAGCACUGAGCUCGGUCCUGCAGCCACAGCUCCCCCGCGUGCCGAUCUCGGGGAAAUGCGGAGCUGUUGGAGCGGCGCCCGGGCCGUGAACGAGUGAACCGAUGGAAACAGCGAACUCCAUCUUCAGCUCCAAGACCCCGUCUUUAUUUAAGGGGCGUGAAACAGCAGCACGGUGCUUGACGUCUCGUUCACCCUUUCUUUUGCUUCUUUCAAAGAGCCGUGCAAGUUGAGCUUGGAGCUGACCCAGCUAAGAGGUGUGCUGGCAAUAUCCGGCGUCCAGAGAAGUUCCUUGUGUAACAAACUGCAGAGAACCCAGCAAGUCCUUUCAGUGUAAAACCAGCCCUUUCUUCCUCUUUUCCCACACGCACAGACUUCCCACCAGCCCUUACUGCUGUGGUUGGAUGGCCGCCACCACAGUGGGCAGAGGAUGGCAGCUGGGCACGUUCUGCUCACACCAACACUGGCUGUAGGUAUCACCUCUCCUCGUGCUGCAGCCAGACCACAGCCUGAGGUGCCAGGAGAAGGGCAGAAAGAAUCUGGCACCAUGCAGCCUUGCUCUCCCGAAGGGCAAGAGGGGAAAAAAAAAGACAGCAAUCAUAGAGAUACGGCUUACUUGGUAAUCAUGCCUUUAAUAGCUUGUAAAUAUUUUCUUUUUAAAUUCCAGGCAACUAAGAUGUGCUUUUUUGUGUGUGUGUGUGUAUCUGACAUCUGAAAAAAAAAAAACAAAAA